AUGGUGGGAAGUAAAGCAGAGAUCUCUGUAGUUACAAUCAAAGAUUUUCACGGCUCCGGAGCCGGCUCUUGGCUCCUGAGCGGCUCCGGCACCGAGCCCAAAGUCGGAGCCAGGCUUCUUAGCGUUCAGAAAAGUAAAAAUUUCAGGAUCUUGUUAAAUCAAAUUUCUUGAAAAAUACUUGGAAGAAUGUGUUGUGUACGACUUGGCUGCGGGCGCCGGGAUUCGGAGCCAGACUUCCCAGCGGUCAGAAAAGUAAAAAUUUCGUGAUCUUUGUUAAACCAAUGCUUGAAAAACACUGCGGAUGAUGUGACUUGACUGCAAAAACGUUGGCUGUAUGAUCUAUGGCACUAAUAACUUUUAUUUUUGGAAAAAUAUUUUUAAAAAACAUUUUGCAUAGGAGCCGGGAUUCGGAGCCGGAGACCUUUUUAAAUUUUUCAUAGGAGCCGGGAGCCGGAGCUGCAAAUUUGGCAUCGGCUCCGGCUUUGGGAGCUAAGAGCCGGAGCCGGGAGCCGAAAUUUUGACCGUGGCAACCUCUAGUUACAAUGGAAAGUAAAUAGAUCAAAUUAAUUUAGUCGACCAACCGUUUGGUCGAUUACAUUCGGCUAGAUGGAUCUCUCCACCCGACAUAUGGAAAUUUCGGAAAGAAAUGUUCCUGCUAGUCCAAAAAAUGGCUGACAAAUAAAGAUAAGACGGGACAAAAGUCUGAUUAUGUAUCCUAAAAUCACUCCAUGAGAAAAAAGAUAUAACCUCUGUAAACCAAAAAUUUAGAGGACUUAUAAAUUUAGAGGACUUAUACCCCAUACUACUCAGGCAAAAACUCCUCAGAGCUUAUGACUAAUGAACUUAUGAUGAUUUCCGUCGCACUCUGAAAAAUUGGCUUGUCGCUGCGAAAAAUGGAGCGCGACGUAAGGCAAAAAAUUCAAAAUGCACUGUGCAAAUAGCAUUUUUGGGUCAAAUGCACUGUGCAAACCACUUUUUUUGCGGUUUUUACAUGACGCGCAUAAACCGCACAGUGCAACCGCUCGUCAAGUCGCUGCAUUGAUUUUUGGCGUUUGCACUGUGCAGAGAGGGUCAGAGUGGGAGCGACAGACGAAAAAACGCCUAUUGCAAGAAAUCGCACAGUGCGAAGAGAGGGUUUGUUUUCGCACAGCACAUGUCGCGGAAAUCACAAUACUGACAUAGAGACUACUAGACAUAAGGUAAAAAAUUGUGUAAAAUGAAAAUUUUUUAUUAAAAAAUGACGUCAUUAAAAAAUAUUUUUUUUUGAAGCAAAACGCCAAAUAUUAGGAAAAAAAAUUAAAGUUUGCAUAGUAAAAAAAGUUUUUUUUUGAUUAAAAAAUUCCCCCGCCAACUCAGCCCAACCUUCGCCCCUCCAAAAAAAGUGGGGUGGUGGUGAUCCGCCAGAUCAAGCGCCUCGAAAUUUCGACAGCCCAUUUCGAUCCUCUUCCCUGAGCCGUCGACGUCGCUAGCCCCAAAAAAGGAGAAGGAGAAGAAGGAGGAGAUGGCGAAGAGGAGCGUCAGUCGUUUUUACGGCAUCUGACGGAACAAAAAUGGGAAUGGGGAAGCGAGCGGGGAAUCUCUCCUUUCUUGGUGGUGUGGAGAAAAAAGGAAGACGAAGAAGAAGAGGAGGAAGAUGCGCGACGGCGCUUCGUCGAGACGACGAAGAAGACGCUGGAUUCCGACGAACCCGGCGAUUCCUUCCAUUCCCCCCACGGAAUCGCGCCGGCAAUGCGGUUUCCCGAGCACACACAAUGA